CUGUCUGUCGUUACGCGCAUAGAAAUACAGUCUUUAUAAAUAUGGCGUCAGUAGUUCUUAGGCAGUGUCUAUUGCAUUCACAAUUGCUGAAAGUUCCACCUGUAGCAGAUUGUUCUUUAUUUCGAUGGGCUUCAAAGAAGGCAGGUAGUUCCAGCAGGAACCGGAAGAGACAUGGCCGACCCAAGCAUCGAGGAUGGAGAGUUCAAGAUGGUAGUUUUGUUCAAGCUGGGACAAUCUUAGCAACACAGCGUACAUUGAGAUUCCAUCCUGGCUUAAAUGUUGGAUUUGGAAGGGAUGGUACUUUGUUUGCUAUUGAAUCUGGAAAAGUAAUGGUUACUUGUGAGAAAGUGGAUCUAAAUUGGGAACACGUCUGGGUCAAGAAGCAUUAUGAAGGAAGAAACAGUCAAACGUUUUACAAGAAAUAUUUUAAUGUUAUACAAGAGCCUCAGCAUACUCGUUUCAAGCUUAUUGACAGUAUAUGAAAAGAUUAGUUUAAUCUGUAGUAUGAAGAUGUUUUUGUUAAUAUUAUCAAUAACUAGUGUGUGGAUAAUACUUGACAUUUUUACACAUGUGUAUGACAUGAAUUUAAUGAGUAAACAGUAUCCAUGUGUUUACCCUUUGUUGUGUAUUUCACCUCCUGAUUUAUGCCAAAAAUAUAAAUUUUCUUAACUUCCAUUCCAUGAUAUGGAUGUGGGGAAUGUCAGCUUCCAUCAAGACCUGCUAUUCACAAUAAAUUGUAGGUCCCCUGGGCGUGAUCAUCAUAAUUCUGCUAACAUUAUCAGGGGCAUGGAGAACCAACUUGUGCCCUAAGGCAGAUAGCUUUUUCAGCUUCCUUCCCUGUCCACAAAAAAAUUAAAAGUGUAAUGGGAUGUAGUAUUAACCGCAUCAGAUGCAACAGCACCAUUAUAUCAUGUUUAUCUCAUGAAAUAAAUUUUACAAAAUCAUGUUACAAUUUGUUCAGUAGGAAAUGGGUAGUAAUAUGUACAAAAACUUGAGAAAUAAAUAUAUUUUAAAAUGAGAA